AUGAGCGACACUAGGGGUCCUGAGAAAGAUGCUAUGGAUAUCGUUUUGCCGCGGUACGAGAUUGAACAAGGAGAGAACUGGCUACGGCUCUUACAGAAAGAGGGUCGCUCUAUCUUGGAUGACACGCAGAAUACUCAAGAACUUCAAAACGAAUCGCAGGGUUUGACUAUUUACCCUUCCAUUGUUGCGCUAUCACAUGUUGGUAUUGUUCGGCCAUCAAUGGAUUGCUUCAUUUGCAUUGAUUUGGAUGGCGUAAGUUUAGCAGUGAAGGACAUGAGAAACCCUGAUUUAUCGGAUAGGAAAGUUAGCAACAAAGAUGUGAGCCAGAGGAGCAGUCAGCUCGGGAUAUAUCGCAGGCAAACAGGUCAUUGGGAAGUGCUCCAGCGACGUCGUCUACGGAUUCUCUCCCCCGGAGACCGCAUCUGCACGUCCAUUGAAGGAGGUAAGCCAGGAGGCCUCUGUUUGGAGUAUCAUUCUGGUGAGAAGCCACUGGAGGAGAAAAACGAGACUCUAUCCCUAGGGUUGCUAACGCAGCCCCAGGAUCAAGAAGAUGAAACACUUGUAGAGGAUGAAUAUGUGACACAGACACAUCAAAGCGUGUCAUCACAGAAGGUUGAAAUUCUUGGUGACGACGAAGAUGACGAUUCGGACAGAACGGUUUGUUUAGAAGAGUCGAACCCUCUUGACUGUGCAACGGCUGCUUCACAAGCGAGUUUUAACCUUCUUGCCACACAACCUGAUUCGGACGAAGAAACUGAUGUCGAAAAAAAAGGGCAAAAACAAGACAAAUUUCUAGAGGCAUCAUCAAAAGGAAGAAAGGAGAAGCCUACCUCGAACAAUGACGCUCUGGCGAGUGUUUUCGGGCCCUGGGCAAAGCCAAUGGAUCGGAAUUCUGGGGUGGCAACAAAGCAUGCAGGCGAUUCUGACGACGACACCGAUGUUGGCGAGGUUGGCCAGGAAAAUGAUCCAAUAGAGGACCGACUUUUACAUGAGAAAGAUCAAUCUGUAACGAAGUUCGCAAAAACAACCGACGACAAAGAUAGAUGCAACGAAGAAACGAACAGAAUUAGCUCCACCUUGUUGAGUGACCCAAUUGAAGACUCGGACGACGACACAGAUACAGAGGGCGAAAAGAAUGUUUAUUUGGCCAACCAUCGGACACCCAAGGUACAGCCCCAUGAAAGAAAAACACAGACGUCUGUGUCCAAGAAACUAGGAGAAGCACCUCCCAGUAUCCUGCACCAUUCGACUGCUAAAAUUUCUACCGAGAGGAAGAAAGAACCGUUACACACAGGGCUUCAGGUUGUCGAGUUGAGCCCUUCGCUAUGCGCCGAGACAGAAGACCCACUCGAGUCCAGCCCCAAGUUUGUGAUACAAGAAUCGGCACCUCUCUUGAGCCCCGUAAAAGAAUCCACACAAGACACAGAAUCGGAAAAAUGCGAAGCACUUAUGAGUCCAACAAUGUGUAGGCCAGAUAUGCAGGAAACAGCAACAGUAGAAUGGGCUUCACAGACGAGAAAAGUAUCUAGAACGCAAAAGCCGCCAGUUGUGGAGCAGGAAGUGACUGCAUCUUCAACGCAGAUUGCGGAAAGCAUUGGCGAAAACUUCCAUGCGAAAGAAGAGAGAAGACCGCAUCAGAUGGUUCCUGCUUCUACUAAAGACAAGCACGGGGCUAAGGAAAUCAUUUCAAUGGAUGGGGUUCAAGAGAGCUUGAACAGUAAAGUCAGGUCAAUAAUUCUUCCCACAGAAUACAAUGCAAUCCAAGAUAAUCGUCAUGAAAAACAGAAGGACACGAUGGAAAUUGAAACAGAAGCUACUGUCACGACACCUCCUGCCAAAUCUAGGAAAAGAAUGAUGACCAACAUUGUAGGGAACGGUGAAGUGGCGGAGAAACGAGGAGCUACAACAUCGAAAUUGUCUUCCGAAGAAGACACUUCGGAAACGGUUGACAGGCUGCAGCUUGAUACUCAAGAUACGUUUUAUGCAAGCGCUACGGGCUCGAAGGGCACACCAGUUGCCACCACUGUUUACGACAAUAUUAGCAGGAUCAAGGAGCGUUCCAGUGGAAAGAAUGAGCUGAAAGAAAAUGAGAGAUCUACAGAAGUCAUUGCAGUGGAUUCAACUCAACAUAACCCGUCACCAUAUCUGCUUUGCAAGCCCACCUCACCACAAAUGCAUCCACCGAAUACUGUAAACGAGGAGACAAAACCACGAAAAUCAAGAAGAAGGGCAAGAGAGGCACCUGAAAUGCAGAAGACAACUGAUAAAGGAUCGAAACGUGCACGACAUAAGAGCAGCAAGGAAGAAAGUUCGAAUAAGGAAGAAUUGGAAGAAACCACCAUGGAAGAAACGCUAGAUACAGCUUCACCAACGAAAGAUGGGACAUCAGUGACGCACACCCCAUCAUCGACUAGUAACGAGAGACGCACUCGAAAUAGUGAUUUCUCCAAGUCAACAUACAGCUACGAAGCAUCGCUGUCCUCUGAAAAGAAGGAGGGAUCAAGUUCAGCUCGAAAGGGAAGGAGGUCGUCUCUGGAAAUUGAUGCAUGCUUGGAUCACGAAUCACCCGUCCGUGUGCUGACCACUGGAAUUGAGCUGACAGCAUCACAAAAGAAUAUGAUUAAGAGGAUUGGUGGUGUACUGCUUCAGAACAUCGGCGAUGCGCACAACGCAACUCAUGUGAUUGCUGGGUCUACGGCCAGCUCAAUGAGACGAACGCCGAAGCUAAUGAUUGGCUUGUGCAAGACCAAUAAUAUAGUCGACGUUGAGUGGUUGAUUCAAUCGUUCAAACAUCACAAAGCGUUGCCAAGCACAAGGUUUCAACUAUUGCAAGAUUCGCAAGCAGAAGCGCAGUAUAACUUUGAAAUGAGAAAAUCUCUUCGACGAGCGGGGAGAAUGCGUACCUUGGGAAUUUCAUUGCUAGAUAAAUAUACUUUGUUGGCAUGCCCUGGAGUUCUUGGGAACAAGAAAAAAGGCAACAUGACGCCGCCAACUAGGGAAUUCCGGCUCAUUAUUGAGGCUGCCGGUGCAUCAUGGGUCCCAUCACUUGCAAAAGUUGGCAAUUUCUCCAAGCUUAUCAUCGUAGUUAGCAAGCUUGAAGACGAAGCAAAAAAGCAGCUCGCAACCAAAAAGGUUGCCGAAGCUUUGACAAAAGGAGCUAUCUCGAAAUCGACGGAAGAAAUCUUCGAUAGCAUCAUGCAGCAACAGUUUAUUCCAUAA